ACCAUUCUCUCUCUCUCUUCACAUUUGUUUUCAUCUAUCAAUCGUUCCAAUUUCUCUGCCAUUCUGUCAUUCUGAUUCAGGAUGAGCUGGUGGUGGGCUGGUGCAAUCGGCGCUGCUAAGAAGAAAUUAGACGAAGAUGAAGCGCCGCGGAGCUACCAGAGUGUGGGACUGGUGGUGGGGGUGACUGGGAUUGUUGGGAACAGCCUGGCUGAAAUCCUACCGUUGUCGGACACACCCGGCGGCCCAUGGAAAGUGUACGGUGUGGCGAGGCGGCCCAGGCCAAACUGGAACGCCGAUCACCAGAUCGAAUACAUUCAAUGCGACGUGUCCGAUCUGGCGGAGACGGAAGAGAAGCUAUCCCAGCUCACUGAUGUUACCCACAUCUUCUAUGUCGCCUGGACCAACCGAUCUACGGAGGCAGAGAACUGUGAGGCCAACGGCGCCAUGCUCCGUAACGUGCUGCGUUCGGUGGUUCCCAACGCGCCCAAUCUCCGACACGUUUGCCUCCAAACGGGAGCCAAACACUAUCGGGGACCAUUCGAAUUGUUCGGAAAAAUUCAGUCCCACGACCCGCCGUUCACGGAGGACUUACCCAGGUUAAACGUGCCCAAUUUUUAUUACACUCAAGAGGAUAUUUUGUUCGAAGAGGUGGAGAGAAAAGAGGGAUUGACCUGGUCGGUACACCGGCCAAGCAUGAUAUGGGGGUUUUCCCCAUACAGUCUGAUGAACAUAAUCGGCACUCUGUGUGUCUAUGCCGCAAUAUGCAAGCACGAGGGAAUACCGUUGUUAUUUCCUGGAAGCAAAGCAGCCUGGGAAUGCUACUCGAUUUCGUCGGAUGCGGAUUUGAUCGCGGAGCACCAGAUAUGGGCAGCGGUGGAUCCUUACGCGAGGAACGAAGCAUUUAAUGUGAACAACGGGGACGUAUACCGGUGGAAGCAGUUGUGGAAGGUGCUAGCGGAGCAAUUUGGGAUUGAGAGGUAUGGUUUCGAGGAGGGGAAAAAUUUGGGGUUGACAGAGAUGAUGAAGGGGAAGGAGAGCGUGUGGGAGGAGAUAGUGAGGGAGAAUCAGUUGCAAGAGAGCAGGUUGGAGGAGGUGGGUGGAUGGUGGUUCGUGGAUUUGGUGCUGGGAGUGGAGGGACCGCUGGCGAGCAUGAACAAGAGCAAGGAGCAUGGAUUCUUGGGGUUUAGAAACUCAAAGAAUUCAUUCAUUACUUGGAUUGAUAAGAUGAAGGCUUACAAAUUUGUGCCCUGAGAAAUUGAAAGUGCUAUGCUUUUGGAGUUCUGUGAGAGGGAAAUUUGGGGGAAAAAAUUUGCUCAAAAAAUGAGCGUUGCAAAUUUGGGAGGGGGAAGUCCACUGUGUUAUUCAUGCAAUUUUCUUGUAAUGGCAAAGUUUGUUUGAAGAGAAAAAGUGCAUUUGUAGUCCGUUUACGGAUGAAAGCUAAGUGCUUGUUUUAACAGUUUAAAAUUAAAUGCAUUUAAUAGCUGAUGAGGGCUCUAGUGCACUAGUGCAUUAUGGGGCAUUGCUUUAAGAGGGUUUUCUCUCCAAGUGGGUAGUUGUAUUGGUUCAUGGCAGGGUAUCAUAUCACCCCACCAUAUAAUCUAGAAGUAAUUGUAAGUUGUUUUUGGACUUGUAGUAGCUCGGAUUUGAGACUUUCUCUAGCUAUUCAUUUAGGUUUGUAGACCUUGAGUAAUAAAUUAGUCUCAACGAG